CCUUCUUCCUAUUAAAAUAUUUUCGAUUUUUUCUCUAAAAAAAGAUGGGAAGAGUAAGACAAAAAAGAAAACAUACCUCAAAUGGGAGACAUAGGAUGUAUAGAACAAGACAAUAUCAGCGAGAUAUUGAUCAGAUUCACGAGGACAUCAUGAUACCUGAAUCAAAAAAAGUACUAUUAUUCAAAAAAAUUGAUCCUGAUUUACCUGGACUUGGACAACAUUAUUGUAUUGAAUGUUCGAGAUAUUUUGAAACAAAUGAUACAUUGAUAAAGCACCAAACAGGGAAACUUCAUAAAAAAAGAGUAAAACUUCUUAAGGAAAUACCGUAUUCUCAAGAAGAAGCAGAAGCUGCUGUUGGAAUAAAUGUUAAUAAUUAUAUAUUUUGAUGUUUUUAAAAUUGACAUUUAUCAAUAUUUUAUUCUCUUUAAAAGU